GAAGAAAUCGCUGACGGGUGAAGAGAAGCGGAGGAACAAGAACAGGCAUGUGGGGCCGUGUCUGCAGGAUCUGUCCCGCCCCGGCACUUGCACCGUCCAUGGGUCGGAGUUCUGGAGCUCCUACCGCCUGAACAUCACUGAGGUGAACCCGCUGGGAUCCAGCUUCCGCCUCCUCGAUGUCACCAUGCAGGCCAUCAUCAAGCCGGACCCUCCAGAGGGCUUGGUGGUGGAGCCCAUCCCCCUGGCCCCGCGGCGGCUCCACGUGAGCUGGAAGUACCCCUCCUCCUGGCCCAAGGAGCCCCACUUCCAGCUCAGGUUUCGGCUCCAGUACCGGCCCGUCAUCCACCGCUCCUGGUCCGUGGUGGAGACGGAGAACCUCUCCGAGGUGAUCACGGAUGCCUUUGCCGGGCUGGAGCACGUGGUCCAAGUCAGCGCCAAGGAUUUCCUGGAUGCAGGGAACUGGAGCGACUGGAGUGCCGAGGCCCGGGCGACGCCGGUCAGAGACCCAGCCACUGCGGCGAGUGAAGAAACCACUACAGACGCCAGCCUGGAGAGCCUGGCCGAGGAGCCCUCUCAUGCUCCCAACCCUGAGCCCAUCAACCGCAGUGACCCCCUGGAGAAGAUGGCCAUCCUGGUGUCCCUUGGGAUCUUUGCCUUCUUUGUACUGGCCGCUGUUCUUGUCAUCACCAUCCUCAUCUGGUAG